GGGGAGCUGGGGCUGAGUUGGCGCGAGAAGCCCCCCGCCAUGGCCAGCAGCAGCCCGCAGCGCCAGCCCACCCUCGGCUUUCCCCGGAGGAGGAGCGCCCGCCGCCUCGCCGCCCCCCCGGCCAAGAGCGUCCCCGACCCCCCCUCCCCGCCGCUCUCCCCUCGCCCCGGCCCCGCAGAGCCCCCGGCCCGGCCCGCAGCGCUGCCUCUGAGCCCUCGCAAGCGCCUGGGUGACGACAACCUCUGCAACAUCCCCCGCGCCCUGCCCUGCUCCCCGGCCAAGCGCAGCAAGGAGAACCAGGGGUGCCGCUUGCUUUUUGGGGACCCCCCGGCCUCCCCCGAGAAGCCCAGCAGCCCGGGGCCGUCCCCUCCGGGGCGCGGGGGGCAGGAAACCCCUCGGAGCUCGGGGCUCGAUGGGCAGCUGGCCCGCGCCCGGCUCUUCAGGCAGGAAGGCACCCGCUAUCAGCAGGCGAAGCGGGUGCUGCACGCGGCCGUGCCCGACCGCCUCCACGCCAGGGAGAGGGAGACGGGCAUCAUCCGGCAAUUCCUGCGGGAACACGUCUGCGGGCGCCGGCCCGGCGGCCUCUACAUCUCCGGACCCCCCGGGACAGGGAAAACGGCCACUCUGAGCCGCAUCCUGCUCGACUGCAAGGAUGAGCUCGCCGGGAGCAAAACCAUCGUCCUGAACUGCAUGGCGCUGAGCAGCGCGCAGGGCGUCUUCCCCGCCGUGGCGCAGGAGCUGGGCCUGCCCGCAGCCGCCGGCCGGGACGGAGUGCGGAGGCUGGAGAAGCAGCUGACGGCCUGGGGGCCCAUGGUUCUGCUGGUGCUGGAUGAACUGGACCAGCUGGAGAGCAAAGGCCAGGACGUGCUCUACACCCUCUUCGAGUGGCCCCGGCUGCCCCACUCCAGGCUCGUCCUCGUGGGUUUGGCCAACGCACUCGACCUGCUGGACCGCGGCCUGGCCCGGCUCGGUGCCCGCCCGGCCGGCAGCCCCCGGCUCCUGCACUUCCCACCCUACACCCGGGAGCAGCUCACCGCCAUCCUGCAGGAGCGGCUGGGGCAGGUGGCUGGUGACCCCGUCCUGGACGCCGCUGCGCUCCAGUUCUGCGCCCGCAAGGUCUCCGCAGUCUCUGGUGAUGCUCGUAAGGCCCUGGAUGUCUGCAGGCGCGCCGUGGAGGUGGUGGAGCUGGAGGUGCGGAGCCAGACCCUGCUCAAGCCGCUGCCCGGCGGUGACUCCCCGGCGUCCCCUGUCCCCAAGCGCGUGGGGCUCCUGCACGUCUCCCGUGUGAUCUCGGAGGUGUUUGGGGACCGGCUGGCGGCGGGUGCCGCGGGGGCCCGAGACGCCUUCCCGCUGCAGCAGAAGGUGCUGCUCUGCUCCCUGCUGCUGCUCGCCCGGCGCCUGCGCACCCGGGAGGUGACGCUGGGGAAGCUCCACGACGCCUACAGCCAGGUCUGCCGCCAGCAGCAUCUCCCCGCCGUCGACCAGGCUGAGUGUCUGUCCCUUGUCACCCUCCUGGAGUCCCGCGGUGUCCUGGAGCUGAAGAAGGGCAAGGAGGCCCGGCUGGCCAAGGUCUCCCUGAAGAUGGAGGAGGCGGCGGUGGAGCACGCGCUGCAGGACACGGCUCUGGUGGGCAGCAUCCUGGCCCAGGGGCUGCACUAGCCCCCCGCUCGCCCCCCAGCAGCCCCCUCCCCGUGGCCCCUGCGGGUGGAUGCUGCCCCGGGUGGGAUUUCAGUGCACGCGCGGUUUGGCCGGGCCGGGAGCAGGGAAAGGGCCUCAGCCAUUGUUUGUUGAGUCGUACCCUGCGGCCCUUGGUCUCAGGUGGUUUUAUUAAUAUUAUUGUUGUUGUUAUUAUUUUUGUGUGGCUGGAGCUGAGGCGGGAGGCUGGCACUCGCCCCAGCCCCUUUGCAGCAAUGACUGUGGACAGUGGGUGCUCCUGGCCCCGCUCCCACCCCAGCAGAGGGGGCCCGGUGCUGUUCCCUGCUCCGAGCCACCGACGUGUUUGCUCCCGGCUUGUUCAGAGCUGUCCGGGCCCCCCCGGGCCCCCCCAAACCCUGCUCAUGGUCCCGGUGCUGGCGGCGGCAGACGGGGUGCACCGUGCGUUUGGCUUCAGGCUGUGCCCCGGCUGGAGGGUGGGGGGGACAGGGGGCCCCCCCCUCUAUCUCCUGGUUUUAAUAAAGUCGUUCUGGUUCA